AUGGAACUCACGAAUGAGCAAAGCUACGGAGGCUUGAAGUCACGCAAGUUUGAGUCUGUUCGUGAGCCGAAUUCCGUGCUUUACGCCGCCAUGGCUUCUGCUGCUGCCAGCAAUGUCGCUCACUCUCUCAAGGCGGUGGUGGGGUUCAUCGGGCUGGGCAACAUGGGAGCGUGCAUGGCGGCCAACGUUCUCCGCCACAACUACCCGCUCGCCGUCUUCGACAGGAACGAGGCAGCCAUGGCGUCGCUGGUGCAGCAGGGCGCGCAACCAGCGGACUCGCCUGCAGACCUGGCCUCUAAAGCGGAUGUGAUUAUAACGAUGCUACCCACGCCUGCUAUUGUGUUAGACGUAUACACGGGCCCAAGUGGCGUGCUCACAGCAUCAACCACCGCCCCAUCCACUCCCUCCUCCUCCACUCCUUCCCCUUCAUCCCCUCCUUCCUCCUCCCGCUCCUCCUCCCCCUCCGCCUCCACCCCUUCCCCCUCCUCUCCUCUCCCCUCCUCCCCCUCUUCCUCCGCGCCUCUCUCCUCCACACACACCAUCAGGCCACACCUCCUCAUCGAUGCCUCCACUGUGGACCCUGCCACGUGUCACGCCCUCGCAGCUGCCGUACAAGCAUGCCACGUGGCGCCCAGCGCAAUGCACUCGCUGCAAGGUCCCCCUUUGGUAGUGGAUGCACCAGUGUCGGGCGGUGUGGUUGGCGCUAAGGCAGGCACACUCACCUUCAUGGUGGGAGGCACGGCAGCAGCAUUCGCCAUGGCGGAGCCGCUGCUGGCAGCCAUGGGCUCUCGUGCGCUGCACUGCGGCCCCUCUGGAUCCGGCUCGGCGGCGAAACUAUGCAACAACCUGGCACUGGCAAUUCAGAUGGCGUCAGUGUCCGAGGCCCUUGCUCUGGGGCAGCGCCUGGGCCUCUCCCCGGCGCUGCUCUCCGCCAUCUUUAACUCCUCCUCCGCCAAGUGCUGGUCCAGUGAGGUGUACAACCCGGCACCGGGCGUGAUGCAGGGCGUGCCCUCUGCACGCCACUACCAGGGCGGCUUCUCCAACGCCCUCAUGAGCAAGGACCUGGGUCUGGCAGUGGCGGCAGCACAGGCAGCAGGGGCGCCGGUUCCACUGGGAAAGAACGUCAUGGCCAUGUAUGCUGACAUGGCGGUCGCUUCCCCCUCGCCUUUCCUCUCCGCUUCCACCUGUCGCCUCUUUCCCCCACGCCUCCGCCUUCCCGGCACUUCUUCCCGCCCUGAUGGGACCCAUAGUACCCGCCGCCUCGUGACGUCAGCUAGCGCCGCUGCUGCCGCGAGCCCGUGGCCGGCUGGAGACGGCCAUCGCGAGAAUUCCGGCUCGAAUUCCGCCGCAGCAGCUGCUGCCGCAGCACCGGGCGGACAGGCGGACGCGGCGCAAGCUGGCGCUGGCGGCGCGCGGAGCGCAGCGGGACGGCGGAAGGUGCUGCCGUACCUGUGGCGCCUGGCGGCGGACGACAGGUCGCUGAGGUGGCGCAUCCUCGUGGCGCUGCUGCUGCUCAUCGCGGGCAAGACGGCGGGGCUAGCGGGGCCGCUGAUGUUCAAGCGGGCGCUGGACGCGCUGACCACGGUGCAGGGCCUCACACGCAAGGCCAUCAUUGCUGCUGUUGCUGCUCUCGUCGUCUCCGCUGCCUCUAAGGCAGUGAGUGCGGUGUCAACAGAGCUGCGCAACAUCGUGUUCACGCCGGUGGGGCAGGCGGUGGGGCGGCGGGUGGAGUACCACUUCUUUGCGCACAUCCUCGCCAUGGACUCCGCCUUCCACCUCGACCGCAAGACCGGCGCGCUUGCGAGGAUUAUUGAAAGAGGGAAGCGUGUUGACGUUUAUCCCCACGGCGGUGGAGCUGCUACUGGUGUGUGCGCUGCUCUCUCUCUGUUCUCCACUCACCACUUCUCCCAACCCUUUUCCUCACCCCCUUUCCCCCCCUUGCCAGUGUUCACGUUCAUCCCGACGGCAGUGGAGCUGCUGCUGGUGUGCGCGCUACUGGCGAACCACAUCUCGCUGUCCUUUGCGGGCGUGGUGUUGCUCACCUUUGUCGUCUACGUUGCAUGGACCGUCGCCCUCACCAAGGCCUCCGUCUCCAUUCGCAAAGAGGUGAAUCGCCUGGACGGUCUGGCGACAGGCAAGGUGGUGGACGUGCUGCUAAACCACGAGACUGUUGUGCAGUUCAACAACCAGCGCCUGGACCUCAUGCACUAUGACUCGCUACUGCGGGACUACCAGAGGGAAUCCGUGAACCUGGAGAAGGUAUCAGCGGCGCUGAACGGGGGGCAGACGACCAUAAUCUCCAUCGGGCUGGCGGCAGUGAUGGCUAUGGCGGGGCUGCGAGUGGCUGUGGGCCGCAUGACAGUGGGAGACCUAGUGCUCGUCAACGGCCUCAUUCUCCAGCUCUCCCUGCCGCUGCAGUUUCUGGGGUUCUUGUAUCGUGACCUGCGCCAGUCCCUUGUUGACAUGGAGGCCAUGUUCCACAUGCUCAGUCUGGAGUCGGAUCUCAAGGAUGGGGACUUGGAGCUGGCGCCAAGAGCGGAGGGCGUGGCAGUGGACGUCAGAGACAUCUCCUUCAGCUACAUGAACGGCCGCCAGGUGCUCAAGGGCGUGUCGUUCUCCAUAGCGCCGGGCGAGAGUGUGGCGAUCGUGGGCCCAUCGGGGUCGGGCAAGUCAACCAUAGUGAAGCUGCUGCUGCGCCUGUACGACCCCUCUGAGGGCUCCAUCUCCUUUGAUGGCACUGAUGCCCGCGAGCUCAAGCAGGAGUCGUUACGGCAAGCAGUGGCGGUGGUGCCACAGGACACGGUGCUGUUUAACGACAGCAUCCGCUACAACAUUGCGUAUGGCCGUCCCUCUGCCUCCGUUGAUGAGGUCGACCGCGCAGCUGGCCAGGCGAAACUCCUGGACGCCAUUCGCCGCAUGCCAGACGGAUUCGACACAGUGGUGGGCGAGCGAGGGCUGAAGCUGAGUGGAGGGGAGAAGCAGCGAGUGGCCAUCGCGCGCGCCUUCCUCAAGAACCCGCGCCUGCUGGUCUGCGACGAGGCCACCAGUGCUCUGGAUUCUGCGACCGAGGCGAACAUUCUGAGGUCGUUGCAGCAGCUGGCGGCCGGCAGGAGUUGCCUGUUUGUGGCGCACAGGCUGAGCACGAUCAAGCACUGCGAUAAGAUUCUGGUGAUGGAGGCAGGGAGGGUGGUGGAGCAGGGCACGCACGAGCAGCUGCUAGCAGCAGGCGGCAAGUAUGCUGCCAUGUGGAUGCUGCAGGACUCAGAGCGCCCCGCCCUGGCACCGACACCCAGGCCUGCUGCUCAUGCCACUCACACACCGGCUGCUGCUGUUGCUUCUGUCAAUGGAGAUGAAACAGAGGCGUCUUUGUCUGGAGCAGUAGCUGCAGCAACGGCGGCCGCAGCUGCAACAGCAGCCUCUUUGACACAUCAAGACAGCCUGAACGGUGUUGCCAGUGGCAACUCGUCACAUGGCAGCAACGGAGCAGUAACCUCCUUGAAGAGCGGGAGUGGAGAAGCGGGAGUGGAAGGGAGGGAGAGUGGUGGGGACGCUGAGCUGAAGGAACAGUUGCGGGCGGUUGCUGUGAGUGAGUCUGAGUGGCGCACAGAUGGAAGAGCACCUAUGGGGCUAGAGGAAGUGGGAAGAAGGAGAGAUGGCGAUGAGUUAAAUGGCAACGGAGGUAAUAUGUGGAAGGCACAUGACGGGCAUAGCGGUGCUGACGGGGAGGGUAGGGAGAUGAGUGGAGGUGGUGACGGUGCUGUGGGUGUUGGUGCGGGAGGUAUGCACCAAGAUGGAGAGUAUGUAGAUGGGGAAGGUGUUGUGGGAGGGAGGAGUGGAGGGAGGGUGCGUGGUCAGCGGCAGACCUCGUUGUUUCUGAGUGAGUUUGCUCGUGCAGGGGAGUACACUGGGAGUGAAGAACGUGUGGAGGAUAUGGUGAUUGCUGAGGAUGAGAUUGAAAGGGAGGAGAGUGAAGGGGAGAGUGAUGUUGAGAUGGGGUGCUGUCCUGAUUCAGUCGUGGUUUCGUACGUCUACAUUGACCGCAUCAUGAAGUCGACGGGAAUGCCAAUUACAUCUCUCAACGUUCACCGUCUACUGGUCACAAGCGUUAUGGUCGCAGCGAAGUUUCUGGGAUCUGCGUAUUUCAACAACGCAUGCUUUGCCACCGUCGGAGGAAUUGGAACAAAUGAAAUCAAUAAGCUUGAGCUUGACUUUUUGUUUCGAAUCAAUUUCACGCUGAAUGUGACGGCUGAGGAAUUCAAGAAGUACAAGAUGCACAUUGAGGACGAGCUUGACGUUUCCACUUCCUUCCGUCAAGAUCACUUCAACCGUGGAUCCACGAAGCUUAUGAAACAACCAGAACAGACAAGCGACGGCAGUCUUUGUUCCAGCCGGUCUCGAGCCAAGAUGUCCAAGCGAUCAGAGCCUAGUAAGACCAUCAUGCCCGACACGUAUCUCUAUGCAGUAUGA